UUAACUUGGCCAAUCAGCAAUGAGCUCCCAGUGACCCUUGCUGUUGACCUUGAUCACAUGAUUUCCUGUGUUGCCAUUUCGUUCCUGUUCAUAUAAUGCCAUGUGCCAGAGAAACUAAUGUUCCCGAAGUCGAAUCGCUAGGAGUUAAAAGCAAGUCUGCUGCAGUUGUUUUUGGUUGUUCAGAGUUUCACCCUGUCAACGGUCAGGUUUUUUUUUGUUAUCUGGUAAAAGGAUGACUCGACAGACGGACCCAGUCUGAAGCAAGCCCCAUCGAGGAGCAGUGAUUCCACAGUUCCAGUUAACUGGAUGGCGAGCCAACCCGAAAUUGAAAAGGAUUUGCCAAGGUUUUAUUGAAGCCAAAGUUUCGUUCCCAUUGAAGCUUCAGAUACCUGCAGGACUACAAACUUUCUUCCUUCAUCGGAGUGUGGUAGGACAAACAUUAAACAAACUGAACGGGCCCCAACGAUCCAUCAGUUAUCAGACAUUAUCCACUCAUAUAAUUGACUCAGAGAAAGCUGUAUGCGCGCACUUUUAUUUAGUUUGUUAUUUUGGGGGAAAUAUUUUGUAUUUUAUUUUAUUGUUUUUUCAUUACAUUGUUGCAGCUGCUGUGUGUCAAAUAUAACAAAUUUGUGAACAGUAUAUUGUGGUGUGGUCUCUUCUUAUUGGUGUUUAUACCUUGGGCUCCUGCCGAUCCUAGAUCUUCUGAUACUGGCUAGUGGGAGUUCGGUCAUUCUUAAUAAUAAUUCACAAGUUGGGUUACAUAAGUGGCGAGCCAGCCAGGAGCCUAAGAAUUUUUAAACAUCAGUAAUGAGAAAUUGUGUCUGACAUGGAUUUUGUCCAGCGCUCAGGUGUAAAAAUUCCCAAUGCAGUUAUUGUGAGUGGGAUCACGAAGUCAGAGAAAGAUGAAGAAGUUUUAGAGUUUUUGAAAAAGUAUGGUGGUGUUAAAACCCUUUUGCCAGUGGAUGAUGCUACCUCAGAGUUUCAUCAAAACCUGAUUGUUGAGUACUCAAGUGGCUCAGCUGUAGAAGCUUUAGAGCCUCUUAUGCCAUACAAGUAUGUUGCAGAGGGUGAACCAAAUGUCUCUUACUGUGUGAGGGCCUUGGCAAGCGUUUACACUGCUAAGGUGGGUGAAGGUGUCACGAAGUCAUACUUGGCUGAAUUAAAGGGCUUGGCUAAGCUCAGUGGCAAAACCUAUGAGGAAGUAUUGAAAGAGAUGAUAUCACAAAUCUGUGAGACAACUGAGAAUACAGAUGAGGCACCUUCUGUCUUACAUGAUAGCAUUGUUGAUGAGACACCAAUACCACAGCCCCAGUUGCUUUCAGGUCCCUCAAGGGUAAGCAGUGACCAAGGUGUCUCAACUCCAGUUCCACCCUUGCGUGUACAGAAGCCUUCAAUAGUGAUUAGUGAUGUAAAUCCCCCUGAAGUUCAGAAGGUCGUUGUUGAGCAUAUUUUAAGGAAGGAUGACAUUGGAUCACAGAUCCAUUCUUCAAUGCGCAUCCGUUCCUUCUCAGGGAAAACUCCCAGGCCUAACAAUGAGACAGACUAUGAGACUUGGCGCUCACACAUUGAGCUGCUUUUAAGUGACCCCAGUAUGACCCAUCUGCAGGUGUCCAGGAAGAUUUUAGAGAAUUUGCUUCCACCUGCAGUUGAUGUGGUGAAGUGCUUGAGUCCCAGCGCACCCCCAGUAGCCUAUCUGCAGUUGCUCGAUUCAGCCUUCGGCGCUGUAGAGGAUGGUGAGGAGCUUUUUGCUCAGUUCAUGAAUACCCUUCAGGACCCAGGCGAGAAACCAUCAGCUUUCCUCCAUCGUUUACAGCUAGCACUAAAUUUAGCAGUAAAAAGGGGGGGUAUUCCACCUGAUGAUGUAGACAAACAUCUCCUCAAGCAGUUUUGUAGGGGGUGUUGGGAUAGUGGAUUGCUCUCCAGUCUGCAACUUGAACACAAGAAAAACUGUCCACCGUCAUUUUCAGAGCUCUUGCUAAUGUUGCGUACCGAAGAAGAUAGACAAGCUGCAAAGGUUGAUAGGAUGAAAAAGCACAUUGGUUCAUCAAAACGAGUAUCUGUCCAUGCUCAGAGUUCCUGUGUUUGUGCAGGCGUAAGAGAAAGCCCACAGUGUGGUCCGAAAGCUAUUGAGGAACUUCAAAAGCAGAUAGCUAGCUUGCAGAGUCAGCUAGCCUCAUUUGCAUCACAGGAAAAGCUAAGUGAGCGUGCCAACAAGAAACCGGUUAAAAAGACAACCUGUAAAUCGAAAAUGGACAACACACAUCAAGAAGUGCAUCGAUUAGCCGGAGUAAAACAGACAGGCAGGCCCAGGCCUUGGUAUUGUUUUCACUGUGGGGAAGAUGGGCAUAUUGCCACUUCUUGUACAAACCCUGCAAAUUCUGCACUAGUUAUUGAAAAGAAGAAGCAGUUGGAGAGGAGGCAGCACGCGUGGGAAAGUCAAAGUUGUCCCAGCGACUCCAGUUCACCUUUAAACUAGAUCCAGUCUCUGUUGUGGGACAGACAGAGGCUGAAGAACAUGCGCAGCGUCCCACAGACGUAAAGAUUGUCAGCAAAGCAGGCAAGUGUGUGGAUCUAGAGCACUCCAGUAGUGAAAAGCAAUCCUUCAGGCUUCCAAAGGGUCUGAUUGGUACCAGG